UACAAUUCUAGCUUUAAUAAUAGCAAAACCGAUUAACACCAACACAACACAAUUUUCACUAGUCGGGUUAGGGUUGAAAAUAUGUAAAUAGUAAAUAUCUGUAACUUCGCUAUCAUUUUGGAAUAGCCGCAAGUUCUAAACCCUAAACCCUAAUUCUUCCCCGUUAUAACGCAAGUUCAGAAAUGGAUAGCUGAAAAAUGAAGAAGCCGUCAAAGCUUUCCUCCAAAAACCCUAGCAAGAAAAGACAACCUCUGGCCCCCAACAAAACUGAACUCAAGGACAAGUCGAAGAAGAAGAAGCAACGGCAUAGCAACACCAACGACGAUAACAGCAACCCUGAUGGCCAAGCGGGACCUGCCAACGGCAGAACUUCUGAUGACGUCGUUGCAGCUCCAGCCUCAGCUUCAGCACAACUGAAGUUUUUUCUGGACCUGUUCCAGUCCGCUAAUGGCAUUCAACUCUCUUCCCUCGAGUUGGAACCCCUAAAAGAUACAUGCAUUCUAGAACUAUCUCAAUGUGCAAGUCAAGAAACAGAAUCCUUGGGGAAAGAUAUGAUGGCUGCUUUUGGCUCAUCAUGGAAAGAAAUUCUGUGUGGAAAGCGGUUGUUGGAAGGGAAAGUUGAUCCAGGGAAUCCCGCUGUCCUUAUUAUUAGUGCAUCUGCUUUAAAAUCAAUAGACCUUCUAAGGGGUCUUCGAUCACUUACUAAAGAAUGCCAUGCAGUGAAGCUAUUCUCAAAGCAUAUGAAGGUUGAAGAACAGGUGUCCUUGUUAAAGAACCGUGUAAAUAUUGCCAGUGGUACACCAAGCAGGAUAAAGAAGCUAAUUGAUAUUGAAGCAUUAGGACUUUCAAGAUUGGCAGUCAUUGUACUGGACAUUCGGUCAGAUGUCAAGGGAUAUUCAUUGUUGACUCUACCACAAGUCAGAGAUGAAUUCUGGGAUUUAUACAAGAACUAUUUCCACCAGCGAGUUGUGGAUGGGAGUCUGCGUCUCAGUCUAUAUGGUUCAUUACCAAGUGGGACUGUGUUGAAGGGAAAAAAGAAGUCAUAAUAAUUGAAGUUUUGAAUUUGUUUAGAUAUGAAUCUUGAUCUUGAGUAAUCAAUCAAGCCUGUAUUUUUAGCUAAUAUUUCAUCUUUCUAUUUAAUAGAUCAAUUUAUCCCUCUGCCCCCCA